UGCUGGAACGCGACGCUCCAAACGACGCCGCCGCCUAGAGUUGCGAGCUCCUCCUCCUGCCUCCUCCUCCGCCGCCGCCGCCGCCGCCGGCUCUGCUCCGCCGUCUCGCGUCAAUCUCACUCGCCGUCGGUCCUCGAUCCUCGGCCGGAAAUGAGUCGUCAACCCGAGGUUCUUUGGGCGCAGAGGUCGGACAGGGUGUACCUUACCAUCUCUUUACCCGAUGCAAAGGAUGUCUCGGUGAAAUGUGAGCAACAGGGCUCGUUCAGUUUCUCGGCUGUUGGGGUGCAGGGGGAAUCCUUCAGUUUCAGCUUGCAACUAUAUGGAGCGAUAGUGGCGGAGGGUUGUAAGACGAAAAUGGGGCUGAGGAAUAUAUUCUGCACUAUCCAGAAAGAGCAGAAAGGUUGGUGGAAAAGACUAUUAAAGUCGGAAGAAAAACCUGCACCUUACCUGAAGGUUGACUGGAACAAAUGGUGUGAUGAGGAUGAGGAAUCACCUUCUGAUUUAGGAUCUGAUGGCGAUGAUGCAACGUAUGGAGGUGAAGAUGAUGAAAGCAGUGAUGAAGAAGGAAUGCUCUAUCUUCCUGACUUGGAGAAGGCUAGAGGAAAUUAGUAAAGUAGCAGUACGAGAAAUACAUCUCCUGUACGCACUGUUUGCUGCACUUGAGGAGGUUCAGCACGUGAUAGGAAGCACAGGUAGAGCUCAUGGAUGCUUGCAGCUUAGCCCAUCAGGUUGUCUACAGUCUCAGCCAAUCUAUAUCAUUAAUGUCGACUUCGUUUUACAUGUGAGAAUUUGAGUGUUUAUCCGGGCCGCUAUUAAGGGAAGUCUUGUUGCUCUGGU